UGCUUCCAUUUUUACUAUCUCGCAGCAGAACAAACUUCAUUUCUUCGUCACCAGAAGAAGAAAAAGAAAAAAUCAAUUCCCUUAAAAUUUCUAGGAAAUUUUGAGAAUGGAUGAUUACACGAGAGAAAUGAUGGAUUUGAAAACCCUAGUUACACGAACCCUUGAGAAGAAAGGGGUUCUAGCUAAGAUCCGGGCUGAACUUAGGGCAAGUGUCUUUGAAGCAAUAGAAGAGGAAGAUCGAGUCAUUGAAAAAGAAGAAGGUUUACCUCCUGCAUUAUUGGGAAGUUGCAAUGAUCGUGCUAAACGACUUCAUGCUUCUCCUUUGGGAAGACUUUUAACCGCACUACUAUGCGAGUACUUAGACUGGGCGCAACUAAAUCACACACUAAAAGUUUAUCUGCCAGAAUGUAAUUUGCAAAAAGAUUCUUGGAAAGCUGAGUUGGAAGACUUCAGUGGCAAAAGUGGUUAUGAUCUCAACAGAAACGGGAAUAGUGGACCUGUGCUUUUGGAUGUUCUUGAAGGCUUCUUGAAGUUUGAUAACAUAUCACAAGCUAGGGGAACUGGAAGGAGAUCACAAGAAACUGAGCCCUCAUCUAGUUUAGAGUCUCGAAACACAAGAAGACCCUCGUCAUCAACUGUUUCCGUCGGCUUACCCCCAUUAGGGAGGUCAGCUCCUGUUUCGCAUUCAUCUGACAGGAGAGCAGGAUCCUCUGUGUCCAGUUACAGGAAAGAUGAGUACAGUUGGAGGUAUGAUGAUGAUACCCCAGAAGAUGUGAUUCGAGCUUCAACUGCCUUGGAAAAUCUUCAAUUGGACAGAAAGGCCCGGAAUCUUACUACUUCUUGGCGGCAUGCCAGUGAUGGAAUCAGUGAGGAUGAUGGCAGGGCCGAUCAUAUGUAGUGCUGGACAACAUAUGUUGCAUUACCGCACGUUUAGUUUAGCAUGUAUUUUCUUCAAGCUUUCUCCGAACCAAGUUUUUUCUUAGCCAUAAGAAAGAAGGAAAUGAAGUUAUUAUUGUUAUAUAAUUGUGAUGUGGUUUAGUGUUCUCUUUUGAGCUUUUUUUCCUUCUAUGGUACUCCGACUCUGGAUUGAGUCUUGGGUACUAGAUCGCCACUCAUGUUAACAUUUUCAAAGUUUUUCCAUGUAUUUAGAGGGCCAUAGAAGGGUUAUAUCCUCAUACUGAUGUCUAGAUGCCCGUCAAAUAUGGGUGUUGGACACUGGUAUAUAAAGAAAAAUCAAGAGUUGGAGCAACAUGACUUUUCUCUCACUUAUUUAGUACUCAGCUACUUCAUUUAGUGUAGACCUUUUCCUGUAUCAGCUGUUUGAGGGUUUUAGUGGAUGGUUAGAUCAUUUUAUUUUUUUUUUCAGGCUAAAAUCUACGGCUAUUAGAUAA